GCGACAGGAGUACUUCACUAUGUGUGCUACGUACCCACUAAUGAUUCUCCGAGACAAAGUGCUUAAAAAGCAGGCAGCGAGAGAAACAGCAGGAAGGAAGAACUCCAAAACUGGCAGGACGUCGCUCGUUGCUUUCUGGUUCGCUGGACCGUGUACAGAGUAGUACAAAAAGCCGUCUGCGCCGUGCAGCUCCCCGGCUGCGCAUCGGAUAUACUCCGGAGAUGAUUUCUAAAUAAUUUCAUGCUCCCCACACCUCCAACGUUUUCUUCACCUCUGGGUUUUACUGUUAAUUCAGUCUUCAGUUUGACUUUUGAGGUUACCGCUGCGGCGGCAAGGGACAGUUACGUGGAGAUAACGUUAAUUCUUCGGAGGAUUGUACUUUCAGCGAGGCGGGGAGUACGUGCGGCUCACACGGACGGCGCAUGUUGGGCGAUGGAGAUGGUGACUUCUGGGAAACUUAGCACCUUGCUGUCACUGACACUGCUAUGGGCUUUUCCAGGUGAUUCGCAGAGGGUUGAGAUGCCCCGGAAAGACAUGGAGGUGAUAGAAGGUCAGAUGGUGGUCCUCCAAGCCUGGUACAGCCCCACGUCCAACAUAGAGCAGAACUCAGUCAUAUGGAACUUCAUGGCCAAUGACACCAAACAGGUGAUCACCUACAGUGCGGGACAGAUCGGAAUCGGCAGUUCCGAAUUCAAGAAGCGAGUGAGAUUUGCCGUCACCAUGCCCUCCACCAACCUGUCGAUCAUCAUCAACAACACGCAGGAGUCCGACUCGGGACGCUACCUGUGCAAUGUCAUCGUCCCGGGAGAGUCAGGCCUCUCCGGGGAGCUCAGCCUGACCGUGAAGGUUCCACCCUCGAUCCCUGUGUGUUCCAUGACUGGAAAGCCGGUGCUGAAGGGAAACGUUACUCUGAGCUGUCAUUCGGACGCAGGGAAACCCGUCCCACAGUACAAGUGGACCAGGAGCACGCCGGUGUCCGAGGUCUUCUUCUCUCCAAUGCAGAAUGAGAAGCAGGGAACUCUCCGGCUGAGCAACCUCACUCAGAACAUGUCGGGGAAAUACGUGUGCAGAGCCAGCAACACGGCGGGAUCGGAGAGCUGCUACAUCAACCUGGAGGUGUCUGCAUCGACCAACGCGGGUGUGAUUGCCGGGGCCACCGUGGGCUCGGUCGUGGGCUUCGUGGCCAUCGUGCUGUUCCUGGUCUUCAUCCUGAGGAGGAGGAGGGACACGGAGGAGGACAUGGCCAAUGAUAUCAAGGAGGACGCUCAGGCUCCUAAGCGAGUCUCGUGGGCAAAGAGCGGCACGGGCUCAGACAUCAUCUCCAAAAAUGGCACCUUGUCCUCCAUCGCCACCAGCCCGCCCCUCCAGGACCUGCACUCCCACCCCCACCCGCACAACCACUACCCCCACCACCCCGCCUCCGACACCAUCUCCAUCACCACGGCGACAGGGAGCACCACCGGCUUCCACCUGCGGCCGGGUGAGCCCAACCCACUGCAGGGUCUGCCCGGGUACAACGGCCCCGGCAGCAAGGCCCGCGGCCCCCCCGGCCACCCCGGCCACCUCACCCCCAACAGCAGCACUCUGCGCAGGACUGAGGGGGCUCAGCCCCAGGCCGCACGCCCGCCCCCCAACCCUGCCACCAUGACAGCGUCCAACCUAACUCGGAUGGGUGCAGUGCCCGUCAUGGUGCCCGCCCAGAACCAGGCGGGAUCGCUGGUGUAGGGGCACUGCUGGGGUAGCGGCACAGGGGUCCCCUGCAGACUGAUGCAUAGAUCCACUCAGCAGAGAGCUUCUGAGCAAAGGGGGAGCGUGUUGAGGAAAGAUGGCUGACACCCCAGGGGAGUGAAAAAAGGAAGUUAGCUCUUC